AUGUCACCACACUUCCAACCCACCGAAAAAUCGCACAUCCUAAAUCUCUGCACGCAACACCACAUCCGCGCCGGACAACGCACCCGACCAGGAACCUGGACGCAAAUAAUCCACGACAUGGAACUCGAAAUGCGGAAACAUCUCCCAGGGGGCCAAUACUUCAACACCGAUCCCUGGCCUCUAAGACGCUAUCAACCUAAAAGAAUCUCUUGCUUAGCGUUGCGAUGGAUGCGACAAGAAGCGAAAGAGCCGCGGAUUAGAAAGUUAGUUGACUUGCAGAUGUAUCGCGCGAAGGGGGGAAAAACUUUGACGGAGAUUAUUGAGGAACAUGUUGCUUCUGGGUUGUGUGUUAGGACGGAUUUUGGGUUUGGGGCUGGAAGGCCUGGGUGGGUGUGA